UGAAGGUUAAACGCUCCAGCUUCUAAAGCUAACGGGUUUAAAUCGUGACAAACCUGUGGUUUACUUUGCUUUUAAUUGCGCAAAAAUAGUAAUGGUGAGACCCCUCACCGACAUCCCGACGAAUGAUACUAUAAUAAUGAGUUGUGUAACUUUGUUUCGUCAACACGCCGUAAGGCCAAAUAUGAGCUGAUGUGUGAGGCUGGCCGGGAGGUGCGAGGCUAACGUUAGCAUCGAUCAGCUCCAGUCUAAAAUAGUUCCGCUGUCCCCUCAGCACAGCGGAUGUCGAGCCGCCACCUCCCGCCGGUCAGGAACCUGCCGCACUGGACAAGAGUCGGCUUUCUGGACAAAUCUGGCGUUUCAAAUUCACGACCACCGAAACCCCUGCAGCCCCUGAUCCGAGCAGACCCCGAGGCGGUGCGGGCGGCCGGGGGAGGCGGAGAGAGGGGCCGCUCCCCCGGGGUCAUGGUGGCGGUGCGGGCGGCCGGGGGAGGCGGAGAGAGGGGCCGCACCCCCGGGGACAGGGGCCGCUCCCCUGGGGACAUGGUGGCGAACACCCGCGUAGCGUCGCUCCAGAGGAACAUCACGUUCCUGCAGCAGCAACACGGGGAUACGCUCCACAAGCUGCAUGCUGAGAUAGACGACCUCAAGCGAGAGAAUAAAGAUUUGCAGUAUAAACUGAUAAUGGAUCCUCCAAAAUUAAGCCGAAAAAGUGCAGCCUCGACACACCCAAGUCAGCGGGGGCUCCGGCCCCCUGCUCAGGGAGGUGACGCCAGCAGAGGGCUCUACCUGGAGCGGCCCCUGCAGGCGGCCCACUGCCCCUACCAGGACCCCCAGCACACAGCCAGCGCGGCCGUUCCUGAAGCCCGAGCAGCGGGGCCGGUGGAGCGCGGCCCGGGGUUGCUCGGGGGGCUGAUCACCUCCCUCCAGCCGCUGCGUAUCCAUAGCAGCCCGGUGCACCACCCCAGGGCCCCCACCCUGCCGGAGUGUGAGGUCAUCAUCAGACAGCUCUACAACACCAACAGUCUGCAAUCUCAAGAGAUUAUACGCAUUAAGGCCGUUCUGAGAGACAUCGUGUUCCACAAGAAGAUCAGCCCAGAGAACUACAUCCUGACCAAGGCCUUCCUUGGAGACGGGCCCCGCAAGACUUCGUCGACAGAGAGGUUUCCACCGCUCGCACAUAAACAGCUCCCAAAGAAAACCCCCAGGCCCACUCAGCCCAGGGAGGCGGACGCAGUGAUCCUCCCGGCGCUGAAGCAUCAGAGUCUGAGCUCCACCAUCCUAGAGAGACAGAGGAGGGGCCAGGCGGCGCAGAGGAGCCGCUUGAAACGGACCAUGCAGUGAGCCAGCUCCAGGUGUCUCAAGAUGUGUUCACGACUCCCACAGGGCCCCCUCAGGGCCCCCUCAGGGCCAUCCCACCAGACAAAGUACAAACAUCAAACAAGGAACUCAAAAUGAACUAUGGCAUGAAGCUGAGGUCAGACUAAAGCUCACAAAUGCGUCCUCAUGUAUGCGGCUCCAUGGUUUGAAACAUCCACUCGGUAAAAUAAACUUUAACAUGACUUUGA